UUUAUGUUAUGGCGGACGAAGAGCUGUUGAAUGUGUUGUGAGACUUGUGAAAAUUGUUUUAAUUCUUGUUGGACUUGACAAUGCAGGGAAAACUACAGUAGUCAAAAGACUUACAGGAGAACCAGUGAAAACGGUCUUACCUACAGUUGGAUUCUCCUCUGCUUCUCUGAAGUACAAAGGCUAUAAUGUCAAAAUUUAUGAUUUGGGAGGAGGUCGACAAAUAAGAGGGAUAUGGCCAAAAUAUUUCAUGGAUGCUCAUGGUGUGAUAUUUGUUGUUGAUGCAAGUGAUAUUGCAAGACUUGAAGAAUGUAAAUUAGCAUUUGAAGGUCUCCUUUCCCAUGAAAAGCUGACGGGAAAACCUGUUUUACUCUUAGCUAACAAACAAGACUGUAUUGGUGCUCUGGAUGAACUGGAUAUUGUUGAGCGACUAAAUGUGGAAAGUGUUGUAAAUGACCAACGUUGCCCCACACUUGUGGAGACCUGUUCAGCAGCUAUGGAAAGGAGUUCUAAACAGAAAAUAGACCCAGCCAUACAGAGUGGUUACAGAUGGCUUAUGAACUGUAUAAUAAGUAACUAUCAAAACCUAAAUGCUCGUGUUGAGAGAGAUGUCACAGAACAAAAAAUGCUAGACGAUGAAGCAAAGAAAGAAAGGCUGGAAAGAGUACAGAAGCUAAGACAAGAAAGAGGAGAAAUAGCAAAUGAGAAUGGAGGACUUGAUGUAAAUCAUCAGGAGCAUCAGCCCAGUGAUGGUGAUGUGGCCACAGAAAAUCCAUUCCGUCCAAUCUCUCAAGUUGUGGCCAUUGAUGCAGAGGAUGCAGCAAAGGAAGAUACUCUAGAGUUGGUUCACGACACAGGAUAUCCUAACAUGCUGCCUGAGACUGGCAACACAAAAAGAUUUGUAAAACGAGUUAGCAAUGGUAGCAUUAGUUUUGCAGAAGAUAACUCACUGUUUAGCAAAAUACGCACUUCUUUAGAUACCACAGUCCACAAGGCAGUUAAAACAACAGCCUCUGCUUCAGAAACUGUCGGAGAUCAGCAAAACAAUGAGAGACGUGGGAGUGCAAAGGCAUCACCCAGCACAACUCUGGGUCCAGUGACUGCUUCAGGUGGAGAUAAAAUAGUCCAGUUACCACCGCUCCGUUUGCCUGGCCGUCACACAACAGAGCCAUGGGCAAAGCCACCUAUGCUGCGUCCUCCUAGUAGAGAUUCUGCAUGGGAUCUGGAUAAAUCCUUGGAAGUUGUCCCGGCACCAGAAGGAACUGCUGCUCAGAAGGAAGAAAAGAGUUAGCUGAAGAAACAUGAAUGAAGUAUAUCAUUCAAAACGAAAAAUGUGGCCUAGCCAUGAGUUGAGAGACAGAUGAUCAUACUUAUUUUUACACAUAUUUAUAAGCAGUGGCUCUAGUCAUAAUAUUUAGGAGUUUUUGGAGUGAAGUUCUUUUAAAAAAUGUUUAAUCUCAUGAAAAUUUUAACAAACAUUUGCAUCUAUUUUUGUACUGCACAAAAGUUUCUGUAAGCAAGUAAGGGAAGUUUAAUAUUCAUAAUAUUUUCAGAACAUUGGAACAUUGUUAUUGUAAAUUUCACAGGCCUUACAGGUUACAAUGUUGAACAAAGCUCUAAAUAAUAUUUGCUUUUUUGUUUGUUUGUUGGAUUCUGUUUCAAAAAUGGCAUGAAGAUUCACUCGUGAAUUUCAUUUCCUACCAUAUAAUGUAGGAAAAACUAACUUCAGAUUUCACAUGUACUCCAAGGGAUAAGACAUAAAACUGCUUCUUGAUGUGAAACAUGUUCGUAAUCCUUAACUGAAUGUCUAUUGUAAGAUGUUUAAUGCAUUUUAUUGUAAUUUGAAAAAAAUUGUUACAAUUUUUGGAAAACAUUUGUUACCCAUGUUCAGUAUAGCAUUACAAAAUGGUUUCUGUCCAUUGAAACAAGUUAUUAUUUUACAUUUGAAAAGCAUUGGUGGGCUAAAAAACUCAACAUACGAAGUAAGCACUGAAUCUGAAAUGUAUGGGACAGGUGGAAAACUUCUUUAUUGCAUUUUGUGGAAGGAUCAUAAGUUGCAUAGUUAACCAGUGAGGAAUACCAAUGGAAGGGAGACAGAAUAAAAAUAGCAAUGUAUAAGUAGACACCAAACAACAAUCUGUUGCUAAAAGUUUCUUGUAACUGUAAUGUAAGACACCUGUCCAGUCAAUAGACUUCAUAUUCACUACAAUCUGCUAUGGUGCCUGUGUGUCCAACUAUUUUGCCUGUACAAAAAACUAUCAUCAUACUUGGUGUAGCCAUCUAUUUUCUUGUCAUUUUUUAUUUUCAUUUCAUGUAGCUGUUGUGUCAUUGGCAGUUCACAGAUCUGAUAAUGACCUUCAUGCAUCAUGUUACUUACUCAUUAUUUAUAACUAACCAAGUCUGCAACUGGUUACUGUGUUAGGUGAACACAACAUAUGUUCAAAAAAAAGUUAACUCAAGGCUUCUCGCAUCAAACAGUUCCAAAUGUUACCACCAUUAAAAUUAGAGAAUUCUCAAGCACACUGCAUGUGUAUUUGGCAAAGAUAUCUAUACAUUCCUUGUGAAGAAACUGUGGGAAAAAAACUAUUUAUUGUGCCAUCUUCUCAGAUUAACAACAAUAUGUCAAAUGCAAUGUAAUUUCCUUUAUUGUAUGGUGGUUUAAUCCCAAGAGGUUCACUGGAUCGUAAUCUUUUAUAACUGGAGCAUUUUGUUGCUCCUGCCUUUUUACAUUAAUUGGUACAUCAGACUGGUUGCAUAGUACCAUCACCUUUCUUAAAUCUUGAAAUAAAACUUCUUCAUUCUUGGGAGUCUUUCCUGUUAACAAUUCAGGUGAUUGAUUCUUUCUAACAUUUUGCACUAUAUAAUACAGUUAUUAACUAGAGUGCAGUGUUGAAUCUAGUCAUUUACCACUUUUUUGUUGUUAUAUAAGACUGCAUGUGUAACAUGUCAAUUUUAUGUUAACAUCAUUUGAAACUAUGCCUUUCAACAAUUCAUACACACCCCCUCACCCUCCCCUCCCUACACACACACACACACACACACACACACACACACACACACACACCUAUCGUGUGUGUGUGUGUGUGUGUGUGUGUGUGUGUGUGUGUGUGGACAGAUGUUAAACCACCAUCUAUACCAAAUUCAUUGUAAAAUUUCUGGAUGAAAUCAAAAGCCAUGUUUUGUAGGAAUAUGGGUAACAAGCACACCUGCUAUAAUUAAUUAGGGUAAAAGUAAAAAGUGUUAACAAAAAAUAACCAGACAGUUAGUUGAGUAUGUAUCUACGUAGAAAAACACAGACCAGUCUUUAAAUGUUUUGGUUUCAGUACAGACUGAGCCGUAGGUGGGAAAACCGAUAAAGGAGUACAUCAUAGGAUGUACCUUAAGUCUUUUGCCAUAUCAUUUUCUUCCAGAUAAAUUAAAUGUGUUUCAAAAUCCUCUUCCUAUUUUUGUUUGUAAUAUGGAAUUUUCAUAUUUUAUCGUCUUCUGCUUGAAUUUUCCACCAUAAAGUGAACAAAUUCUGACUUUCCAGAAGUAGUGAAACAUCAAAGGUAUGAUGUUUGUCACUGAAUGUGGAUACUAUUUAAGUUGUUAUAAAACCAAAGAUUAUUUUUGUUUUAUUGUGUAUUUUUUUAUGUAUAUAAGAUUACAGCAAUUGGUAUCAAUACUAAGUUAUAAGAGUUUAAUUUUUGUUAGUAUUUCUCUUUUAUUGCAAAUAUUUGUUUCUGGAUAUGUCUACAUUGUAUAGCUCUCACCCUUUUAUUGUAAAAAGGACAAUUUCUAAAAAUCUCUGUGAUUCAGUAACAGAUGGAAUACUUGUAACAGAGAAUCAUGAAUUAUAUUUUCUUCCACAUUCUGUGGACAGCUAUACAGAUUUUGAAAAUAAAAUCAUUUUUCUUUUGUC